UUUGGUACUAGUGGAAGUAAAAUUGUGGAUCAAUUUAUUUCUGAAAAUAAAUUAAAAUGGAUUCCUUAUAAUAAAUUUAAAAACAUUGAAUAUCUUAAUAAAGGAGGAUUUGGUACUAUAUAUAAAGCUAUAUGUAAGAUUGAAGAUAAAGAUUAUGAAGUAAUCCUUAAACAUUUUGACUAUCUUAAUAAUUCAGAUGAAAGUUUAAAAGAAUUUUUAAAUGAAUGGCAAAUAAUUGAUUCAAAUAAAAUUAUUAAGAUUUAUGGAUUUACAAAAAACCAAAUACUUUGA